AUGACUUUCGACACUUCAUUGCUGCAACAGCUGCAUGAGGACUCAACUGACGACAAGCAAACCGCACAGGCAGUACUCGAAGCGACGCAUGAAAUGAGUCAGUUUCGUGCCCCUCUCAAGAGACAACGGUCGUCUCGGUCGUCUGCAAGCGCUGUCAGGACAAGGACCGACUUGCCGGCAGAUGUGGACCGGUACAUGGAAGACCGCAGCCAGCUCUGCGAGGCCGAAGCGUCCAUUGGCUUUGAGCACCGCUGCCGUGUGCGCGCAACAUCACUCGAGAAGACCGUCGACGGUAUUCUUCACAGACUGCGCCGGCUCGACAAGGAGCAAGUCUACGACGCCGCCGAGGCGAGGCCGGGCCAUGGCGGGCAGAGGCAUCCUCGCUUCGCGGGCGAUCAUUUUCUAAGCAACGUCGACCUCAUCCAAAAGACGCGUCUCUUCGAUGUGGCGCGCCACAUGCCCAAGGGUGCGCACUUGCAUAUCCAUUUUAAUGCGUGCCUGCCGCCUGACGUGCUUCUGGGCAUCGCCAAGGAAACGGAGCGCAUGUUCAUCACGAGUAAUUUGCCGUUGAUAGAGGACAAUGGGCGCGAAAACUACUCCAAGUGCGAGAUUCAGUUUUCCCUGCUGAGCGUGGACAAGGAGAAUGCCGCGCCAGGCAACUUGUUCAGUGCGCAGUAUCAGCCGCGGCAGACGAUGAAGUUUACGACGUUUCUAGAGCAAUUUUCGCGCCAUUGUCCUGGAGUUGAUGCGCAAGAGUGGCUGCUGUCCAAACUCGUCUUUUCUGAGGAUGAAGCUCACGGAGCAUUACAGACGGCAGCUGGCGCCUGGGAAAAGUUCAAUGGACGCACGAGAAUGAUGAAGGGCCUUUUCAACUAUGAAAAGGCGUACAGAGAGUAUACACGGCGGUGCCUCGAGGAUUUCGUCCGCGACAACAUUCAAUACGCCGAGAUACGGCCCAACUUUAUGACCACCAACCAGUUGUACCACGACGACGGAACGGGACCCAUUGACAACAAGGGCAUCAUGAAUAUCAUUAUAGACGAAGUCAAGGCCUUUCAGCAAGAUAUGGAGAAGCAGAGCCAGUACUUUGGCGGCAUCAAGGUCAUCUACUGCACGCCUCGCUCGAUGCAGCCAUCCGCCAUCAAGAACGCACUAAAAGAGUGUCUCGAGUUUAAGAAGCAAUGGCCCGAAUGGAUCGCCGGCUUUGACCUCGUCGGCGAGGAGGCGCAGGGACGCCCGCUGCGAGAUUUCGUCGCCGAGCUGCUCGAGUUUCAGGAGGAUUGCCGCAAGGCGGACGUCGAGAUACCGUUCUUGUUCCACUGCGGCGAGACGCUCGAUGUGGGCGCGCCCGCUGAUGGCAACCUCCUCGAUGCGCUGCUGCUGCGCGCGCGGCGCAUCGGGCACGGCUAUGCGCUACCCAGACAUCCGCUCGUCAUGCAGCGCAUGCGCGCCCAGGGCGUCUGUGUUGAACUAUGCCCCAUCUCAAAUGAGAUUCUCGGGCUGACGCCGCGCGUCGGCGGCCACGCCCUGUACUCGCUGCUGGCGAACAAUGUGCAUUGCGCCGUGAGCUCGGACAAUGGCGCGCUCUUCAAAUCGUCGCUCUCACACGACUUUUACCAGGUGCUCAUUGGCAAGGCGGACAUGGGCCUGUAUGGCUGGAAGCAGCUCGUGCUCUGGAGCAUAGAGCAUGCGUGCCUCAGCGACGACGAGCGAGGAGCGGUCCUGCAGCAGUGGGAGCGCAUGUGGGAGGACUUCCUGCAGUGGGUGGUGAAAACGUAUGGCUCCGAGUAA